AUGAGAUUAGAUGUCUCCCCGCCGCUCAUGGCUCCUCCAUACAUCUGGACCUUCGCCAAGAUGAAGGAAUUCAAGAGCAAGCUGGGCCGAGAGAAGAACGGCCACGUGGUGGUGAAGCGGGGUGAGGUUGUGACCAUCCGGGUCCCGACCCACCCCGAAGGGAGGCGGGUCUGCUGGGAGUUUGCCACCGACGACUACGACAUUGGCUUCGGAGUCUAUUUUGACUGGACCCCCGUAACCAGCACGGACAUCACCGUGCACGUCAGUGACUCCAGCGAGGACGAGGAGGAGGAGGAGGAGGAGGAAGAGAUGGAUGACCCUGUCCCUGUCGGAGACGUAGAGAGGGGUUCCCGGAGCUCCCUGCGGAACCGCUACGGGGAGGUCAUGCCUGUGUUCCGUCUGUUACUGCCUUACGCUUAG